AUGGUCUUGGAUCUGAUGCUCAUCAUGUCGCAGUCCGAGUACGGCCAUUUACGAUUCGAGAAGCCGCACAGCUGUACGUCCCCACCGCACCACCCUGCCGUCGUCGAUGGAACAGGAAACCUGCCAAGGGCGGGAGGACGGACGAUGCUGACGUUGCGCAGCCAAAAGACUGACGAUAGCACCAUCUUCCUCGGAGAUGGCUCCCUCGCCGGCCUGCCGACGCCAAAGCUUCACCAGCGCGGCCUCCGGAGCGUCAUCAAGGUCGUCGACGACCGCUGCCUCGUCUUCGACCCGCCCGAGGACAAUCCCGUCCAGCGAUUCUCCCGAUCCGUGAUCCCGACGUCGAGAAAGGUCAAGGACCAGGUCUUCGCCUUUGACCGCGUCUUCGACGACAACACAACCCAGACGGACGUCUACGAAGGCACGACCAAGAGCCUUCUCGACAGCGUCCUCGACGGCUACAACGCCACCGUCUUCGCCUACGGCGCCACCGGCUGCGGCAAGACGCACACCAUCACGGGCACGGCCGACCACCCCGGCAUCAUCUUCCUGACCAUGCAGGAGCUGUUCGAGAAGAUUGACGACCGAAGCCAGGAGAAGACGACGGAGCUCAGCCUGAGCUACCUCGAGAUUUACAACGAGACGAUCCGGGACCUGCUCGUGCCCGGCGGCAGCAAGUCGGGCCUCAUGCUGCGCGAGGACAGUAACCAUGCGGUGACGGUGUCGGGCCUGUCGAGCCACCACCCGAGGGACGUGCAGGAGGUCAUGGACAUGAUCGUCCAGGGAAACGAGUACCGGACCGUGUCGCCGACCGAGGCCAACGCCACCUCGUCGCGCUCCCACGCCGUCCUCCAGGUCAACAUCGCGCAGAAGGACCGCAACGCCGACGUCAGCGAGCCGCACACGAUGGCGACGCUCAGCAUCAUCGACCUCGCCGGUUCCGAGCGAGCCUCGGUGACGAAGAACCGCGGCGAGCGGCUCACCGAGGGAGCCAACAUCAACAAGUCCCUGCUCGCCCUCGGCAGCUGCAUCAACGCCCUCUGCGACCGACGGCUCAAGACGCACGUGCCCUACCGCAACAGCAAGCUCACGCGCCUGCUCAAGUUCUCGCUCGGCGGCAACUGCAAGACCGUCAUGAUCGUCUGCGUCUCGCCCUCGAGCGCCCACUUUGACGAGACGCAGAACACGCUGCGGUACGCGAACCGGGCCAAGAACAUCCAGACCAAGGUGACGCGCAACGUCUUCAACGUCAACCGCCACGUCAAGGACUUUCUCGUCAAGAUCGACGAGCAGAUGGCGCUCAUCAACGAGCUCAAGGCGCAGCAAAAGGAUGCCGAGAAGGUGCACUUUGCCAAGUUCCGCAAGCAGUGCGACAGGCGCGAGGCCGUAGUCCGCGAGGGCAUCCAGCGGCUGCGAACGGCGUACGAUAACGCCGCGGCCGAUCGACGGGAGCGCAUCGCGAGCAUGAAGAAGCUCCGGGCCAUCGAGCGACGCAUCGGCCUGCUCUCGGCCUGGAUCGCCGCCUUCGAGGCCGUCUGCGACCGGCGGGGCGACGACGCGGCGGCGGCCAUGCCCCCGACGCUGACGGCCAUCCGCAAGACGGCCCAGGGGAUCCUCGUCGAGCUCGAGAACAGCAGGCAACACAUGCACCAGCGGCUCGAGGCGCCCACCUGGGAGCGCGCCGUCGACACGGCCCUCACGCACAGCCUGAAGCAGCUCGAGGCCGCCGACGGCGCCGACGCGGCCGAGACGGCGACGCUCGACCGAGAGGCCGAGCUCCUCAAGGCCAACUUCAACCGCGAGGCCUACCGGGACGUGCUCGAGCAGGAGAAGGCGGGCGAGGCGUCGACGAUGCAGCUGCUGCUGACGGCACAGCUCGACAUGCUCUCGACGCUCGCCGACACGCUCUCCAUGGACGAGGCCAGCGCCGUCGCCCGCGCCAAGGGCAUCAUCCACUCACUGCUCCAGACGGGCUACCAGGCGGCGACGCAGAUGGUCAAGCCCGACGGCUCGUCGGCCGUCGUCGACAUGUUCCCCCCGACGCGCAAGGGGACGCCCAAGCGCAAGAAGUCGGCGCCUUCGUCGUCGCACGUCCGAUCGAACUCGCAGCCUCUGAUCGGGACGUUGGUCGACGAAGAGCAAGCGCUCGCGAGCCCCGCGAGGUCGUCGCCCAGGAGACGUAAGGUUCUCGGGCCCGCCAAGAAGGGGGUGUGCUUCUCGCCGACGAGGAAGUCAAAGGGACGCGGCGUGCGCUGGCGAGACGACGAAUCCGAGGACGGCACGCUCGCCGACUUUGCCAGGACGCCGCAGAAAUUUGAGGGCUCGUCGCCGGCCAAGGAGCCGCCGUCGCCCGGGCGGACGGUGGAAUCGGCCGCUGAAGCCGCGCCCCCGAACGCCGACGACGCCACGGCGGCAAAGGGCGAGGCGAGCCCGCCGGUCGAGGUGCGCGAGGCGGCGAGCGUCGUCGGGCACCCGAAGCCGAGCAGGUUCCAGACGGGAUUCCUGUCCAAGGGCACGAGGUCAGCGAGCCAGCAGGGCGGAUCACCGUUGCCGACGCCGCCGACGCUCAGCCUGAACCUGUCACCGAGCGGCACCGAGGACGAGACGGAGACGUCGGCGUCGCCGCUGCGGACGCUGGACGCCGGCAAGGCCAGCAACGCGUCGCCGCCGUCGCGCGGGGGCCUGCCGCGGAGCCGACCGAGCCCGCGGGUGACGCUUCCGACGGCGGACGAGAACACGCCUUUGCAGGCGACGACGGAGACGGGAUCCGAUUCCGAGUGCGGCGUCAUCGACCUCCGCAAGCUGCGGACGGCGAUGCAGUCGGUGAAGAAGGACAAGGCCCGUCGGGCGAGCAUCCUCACUGGGACGGUGUCGGCCAAUGCGAAGCGCGUCUCCUCCUUCGGACCGGUCGGCGAUCGACCGUCGCGGCCCAGCAUGCCGGCCUCGCUCGCGAGCAACGCCAACGGCGUCUCGCGGCACCGGCGCGGCAGCCUGGAGCGCAGGAAGAGCCCGCCGCUGACGUGUUCGCCGACGGAGUUCCGGACGGAUCGGAGCUUCACGGCGGGCCAAGCGCGGCGGAUGAACGUCGGCGGCAGCGUCAGGAUGGAGCGUCCGACGGACGGCGGCGGCAGCCCGAGCGAGUCGCGGCGCGUGACCUACAGCGUCGCCUCGCUCUCGGGACACCGACGGCAGGGGAGCAAGGGGACUUGGAGGUGA